UUCCUCUCGUUCCCAUCAUGCGGUUUGAUUUCUUCGCUUUAGUGUCGGCAUUGGCGGCAUAUGCAGCAUCCGCAGCCCAUACGUCAAAGGGGCUACAUCCCCUCCACGCCGCCCACUCGAACGCUGCGUCGUCCACCACAUUGCCAUCGACUCGCCGCCGAAUACUGCCCCCACACACUCUAGUUGGGUACUGGCACAACUUUGCCAACCCGUCAGGUCAUACGUUCCCCCUCCGUGACAUCAGCCCCGACUGGGACGUGAUUGUGGUGGCAUUUGGGACGAGCGUUGGAGGGGGGCGCGUGACGUUCCAAGUGGAUGCCGACGCGGGCACGGAGGCCGAAUUCAUCGCCGACAUCGCGACCCUCCAAGGGCGGAAUAAGACGGUGGUGCUGUCGCUGGGGGGCCAAGACGGCGCCGUAUCCCUUGCCAACGCCGUCGAAACCACUGCAUUCGUCGACACAGUGUCUACCCUCCUAGUCAAGUUUGGGUUUGACGGACUCGACUUGGACUUGGAAACUGGCAUCUCCCAAAACCUCCCCAUUGUCACCAACUUGAUUACGGCUGUCAAGCAAAUCAAGCAACGAGUAGGAAGCGAUGACGCGUUCUACUUGAGCAUGGCCCCCGAACAUCCGUACGUUCAGGGCGGCGCAGGGAGCUACGGUAGCAUCUGGGGCGCGUACUUGCCCAUCAUCGACGGCCUCCGUGACCACCUCACCCAAAUCCACGUCCAGUACUACAACAAUGGCGGCUUUGUAUACACGGACGGCCGCAUGCUGCAGGAAGGGACGGUGGACUGCCUCGUGGGGGGAAGCCUCAUGCUUAUCAACGGUUUCGAAACCAAUUACGGUAGCGGGUGGCGCUUCGAGGGGUUGCGUCCGGAUCAGGUAUCGUUUGGGGUACCGAGUGGGGCGCAGGCGGCCGGACGGGGAUUCGCGACGCCCGACACGGUUCGGAAUGCCCUCACGUGUUUGGCCCAAGGCGUCGGCUGCGAUACCGUCCGCCCCAGCGUCCCCUUUCCCACGUUUCGAGGGGUUAUGACGUGGUCCAUCAACUGGGACAAAUUCGACCGCUUUGGUUUUUCCCGCCCGGCUCGAGCCGCCCUCGAUGGUUUGCCCCAAGUCGACCACGUGGGGUCGAGCGACAAAAAGGUGGUGAAAAACCCCACGGCGACGUUAAUCCCAAUUGCAAAACCAGUAGCCACAGCAGCGCCAGCCCAGGCCAAGAAUUGUGGCGGCUGUGACAACUGCUAUUUCGCCCCCACAUUUGCUUGUUUUUCAGGGUGGACCAAAGCACAGUGCCGGUCCGUGUCUACGUUUACAUGGUGCGGCGGCCAAGAUUAAUGAAUUCGACGAUUUACUCUAGUUUUCCAUGGCUGUUGGCGCAUAUAUAUCGUCAUUCCAACGUUAUAGCGUAUGUACAUAAUGUGUUAACCUCCAAUUCUCAAUUAACGAACAUAACGAACC